GCGCGCAGUGUUUCUUUCGCAAGCCCAGCAGUGUUGUGCUGGCCGUCGGAACCGACGCACGCGUGUUGCACCCGCGACUGACAGUUUACGCAACGGUUCGAAAGUGAUGUGGCGGUAGGAAGGGCUCAGUGGCGGUACUCCGAGGCAUAUUGCCUCACAGUGUAAACAAACUUUUGAAUUAUUCACGAACAUCAAUAACCUGCCAAAAUGGGGAAGGAUGAGAAAAAAGGGACACUUGUCCUCGACAACUUUAACUCCACGGCUAAUCUAGCAUCAAACCCUGGCUUCCAGUCGACUCUCAGCCUGGGUUCGAAAGAGGUCAUCAAUGAGAAAGCCUACAACCCCUUCGAGCACAGAAAUGUAGAGCAUCCGAACUCAACAAUCGGUUCGCUGGUGCAUCUCUUGAAGUCCUCACUCGGGUCGGGCAUCCUGGCCAUGCCGGCUGCCUUCAAGAACGCAGGAUUGGCUUUCGGAGCCAUCGGGACCAUGGUCGUGGGAUUCAUCUGCACGCACUGUGUUUAUAUUUUGGUAAAGACGUCGCAAGAAGUAUGCGUGGACGCCAAGAAGCCGUCGAUGGGUUUCGCGGAGACCUGCGGAGCUGCCUUCGAGUUCGGCCCGAAGAGGCUCAGGCCGUGGGCUAACUUCGCCAGAACGUUCACAGACUACGCCUUAACGUGCACAUAUCUGGCGGCACUGUGCGUCUACAUCGUGUUCAUAGCUGAAAACUUUAAAGAGGUACUGGACGAGUACAUGCCAAACUACAAGCUAUCAGUUGAAACAUACUGCGCUCUCACCCUAGUGCCCCUCGUGCUCAUCUGCCAGAUUAGGAACCUCAAGUGGCUGGUGCCAUUUUCGGCCAUCGCCAACGUUCUGCUGGUCAUAUGCUUCUCCAUCACCAUGUACUACAUCUUCAGCGAUCUCCCCAACCCCAAGGACAGGGAGAUGGUGGCCAGUGUUACGCAAUGGCCGUUGUUCAUCAGCACAGUAAUCUUCGCCAUGGAAGGCAUCGGGGUGGUGAUGCCUGUUGAGAACGAGAUGGCCAAGCCCCAGCAGUUCCUUGGCUGUCCCGGCGUGUUGAACGUGGCCAUGACCAUAGUCAUCUCGCUGUACGGCAUUGUCGGGUUCUUCGGAUACUUCAAGUAUGGCGACGAGGUCCGAGGCAGCGUCACGCUGAACCUCCCACAAGAUGAAGUACUCGCCCAAAGUGCCAAGAUCCUCAUGGCUCUCGCGAUCCUGUUCACAUACAGCCUCCAGUUCUACGUGCCCAUGGAGAUGAUCUGGCGUCAGCUUCACACCAAGAUCGCUGUGAGAUACCACAACAUUACCCAGAUCUCUAUCAGGACCGCUGCUGUGGUUGGAUCAGUCGCUCUGGCAGCAGCGUUCCCCGACCUGGAGUUAUUCAUCAGCUUAUGCGGAGCCAUCUUCCUCUCAACCCUGGGACUCCUGACUCCCGCCAUCGUUGACACCGUCCACAACUGGGAACGCGGUCUCGGUUUCUUGUACUGGAAGUUAUGGAAGAACAUCCUGAUCGGAUUCAUCUCUCUGAUAGCCCUUUUCGCUGGAUCCUACGUAUCGAUCAGGAGUAUGGUUGAAAAAUUCGGUCACUCAGAAAAAAUUGUGCCAACGGAAAUACUGCCAGCAAUUUCUGUUUUCAAUGACACAAGUGUGUGAGUUGCUUUCCAUGACAGUUGGUUGUGAAGUAUUAUUUUGACUGGAUAGAGAUUGUCGUUGACUUAUUACAUUCCACUAAUAUAGAAGGCCUCGCUAAAAGCUCUACGUUGUCCAGUGCUAUAGAAUACAACACCUUUUUAAAUUGCCUAAAAUAUCGUGCUAUUUAUUGUACGAUAU